AUGGCCAAGGAUGGGAUGCCUUCAGACACCAAGGGCGAAUCGCCCUCGCCGACCAUCGUGUACGAUGACGAGAGCAAAGGCGACGAAUCCGACAUCCAGCUGCGCAACCGCCACUAUGAGCCGCCAGACGAGUACGAGUCCAAGCAUCGCUGGGACCCGCAAGCCACAUGGACCGCCGAGGAAGAGAAGAAGCUGUAUCGCAGACUCGGCAAUGCCCUCUCUGACAACUUUCUCAAAGAUCUCGGCAUGACCACGGCAGAUUAUAACAAGGGCUCGACGAUCUUUUACGUCUGCUUUCUCGCGGCCGAGGUACCCUCCCAGCUAAUCUCCAAGAAGCUGGGAAGUGACCGCUGGAUCCCGAUCCAGAUGAUGGCGUGGUCGCUCAUCACGCUCGGCCAGACGGGUCUGUCGGGCCGUGCGUCCUUUUUCGCCACACGCGCACUGCUCGGCCUCUUCGAGGGCGGGUUCAUCGCCGAUACCGUCCUCUACCUGAGUUACUACUACACUGCGGCUGAACUCACCAUCCGCCUGGCGUGGUUCUACGUCGCCUCGACAGUAACGGGGAUUAUCGGUAACCUGCUUGCGGCAGGGCUACUCGAGCUGCGCCACCGCACGUCGUGGCCCGGGUAUCGGUGGCUGUUCCUCGUCGAGGGACUGCUCACGUUCCUCAUUGGCCUGUGGGCAUUCUUCUACCUCCCUCCUGGCCCCACGCAGACUGCCGGCGGCUUCUUCAAUGUGCGCGGAAAGGGGUGGUUCACGGACCGCGAGGAGACCAUCAUUGUCAACAAGGUGCUCCGCGACGACCCCACAAAGUCGGACAUGCACAACCGCGAGGGUCUGUCGCUUGGCCAGUUGUGGGAGACUCUGAGGGAUUACGACCAGUGGCCGAUGUACCCCAUCGCCUUGCUGUUUUGGAUUGCGCCAGCGGCUGUCGGGGCAUACUUCUCGCUCACGCUCAAGUCUCUCGGGUACACGACGUUUCAGACCAACAUGCUCCAGAUCCCGUACCAGGUAGUGUACAUCUUCAACAACCUCGUUCUUUCAUACUCGUCCCGAAGGGCCAGGGAACGCUUCUCCAUCGGCUCCCUCAGCUCGUGGUACGCGCUUAUCCUCUUCAUCCCCAUCGUCCUCAUCCCAGACGCCACGAACAAGUGGGCCAAAUGGGCCCUCCUGUCCCUCGUGAUGGCCACGCCGUUCUGCCACCCGAUCAUGAUGUCGACAGUGAGCGCCAACGCCGGAUCGGUGCGCACGCGUACCGUCGCGAGCGCGCUGUACAAUACCGUCAGCCAGGCAGGGCUGAUCAUCGCGUCAAACGUGUACCAGCCUUCCGACGCGCCGUAUUACCAUAAAGGGAACCGCGGGCUCAUUGGUGUGCUGGCAGCCAACAUUGUCUGCAUGUUUGCGGCCAAGGCCUGGUACGCGUGGCGCAACCGACAAAGGGAUAAGGUCUGGGGAGCGUGGUCGGCCGACGAAAAGGAGGAGUACCUCCGCACCACCACGGACGAGGGGAACAAGCGGUUGGACUUCCGGUUCGUUCACUAG